GUCGCAUGUAUGUCUAUAAAGUGAAACCCCUGGCCCGGACCACGUUCUACAAUACAUCAGAAGCUCCUGCAAGAAUAUUCACAAAAAUCAUCUCAGUUUGCCUGAUCAGUUGCACAGACUACAGAGCAUGGCAACUUCUUCAGCCAGGUGCAACUGUAACUUCAACUUCCCAGCUCGUUAUUGUACGCCUCCGCCUCCGACCACCCUCUCUUUCAGUCCCUUGCAAAACGCCGUUACCUCAAAACAUAGGAAUCAAACACAUUUUCAAGGCAACAAUCUUCGGCUGCAAUGGAGCAACGUUGGUAAAAGGAGAUUUGUGGUUUACUGCAGCAAUGUUCCACCCGAAGCUCCGUUGCCUUCUGAACCAUCUUCCAAUUCGUUCAUAAAUCAGAUCCUGGGAGUACUAACGACAAUUGUUGUCCCAUUCCUGAGCAGCAAAUUGGGGCCAUUUUGGAUCUUCAAAAAUAAAAUUGAGAGUACAGUGGAGACGGUGGAGCAGAUUGUGAAUGUGGUGGAGAAGGUGGCGGAGCAGGUGGACAAAGUGACGGAGGAUAUCACCGAUGAUCUUCCUGAAGGCAAACUCAAAGAACUUCUUGACUUUGUUGAAGACAUGGCGGAAAAAACCGCUGAUACUGCUGAUUCAAUCGGAGAUAUUAUUGAUAAGGUUCAGGAGGCAGGUGAAAAGUUGGAGUCAAUUGUGGAUUCUCUUGAUGGUGAGGAAGAACAGACCCCCAAAGUUGCAGAUAUUCAGAAACAGACAGUUUGAAUUUAAUUAGUAUUUGAUUCAUAUGCUUCUUUUCCACUUUUUGUAAAUGCAACUUGUCUUUAUGAAGCUCUUCUUCUGGUA